ACAAGUAACUAAUAGACAGGAAGAACCGGAAUCAGGCUCGGGAGAGGGCGUCAGCCACGAGAUUAGUGACCCCUUUUUUAUGUACGAUCUCUAAAUUAAACGCCUGGAUAAUGAGAGCCCAACGCAUUAACCGCUGGAGGACGGCACCAGCACCCAAUCCACUGGCAUCUACUUCUAACUUGAACGGUUUGGCAAAGUCGGGGGCAGCUAGGACGGGGGAACUACUGAGCAACAUUUUCACCGAAUCGAAAGCACUCUGGCAGUCUGGGGACCACACAAAUGGCACCCCCUUACGAAGCAAAACCGGAACGUCCCAUCCGGUUUGGGAACAAGCAGGCACGGGGAACACCAAGGACUAUUGCUGGGAACAGCAAGACCCGUCUCUACCAGCAGGGGUACGCGAAGGGGUAUCAGCGAACAGGGGUCGGAAGCGAUCUACUAGGGACAAAAUGUCAGUUUGGGCUGACCCAGGCAAGUGGCUGAGCCGGGACGUAAGGUUUUGCAGAGCCUCUGAGUUAGGAAGGCGAGCACAGGGGAGACAAUUCCUACCGAGGUGUAAGUCAUCAGUCUCUGGUGAGUACUUACUGAGAGACACGACGCCCACAGGAGCGGGGACCGGAACAGAAGUAGGCGAGGGGACGGGGACCGAGCGAUCAAGAGACUGUCGAGCCAAUUCCCUAGCUGUAGACAUCCGGUCCCGAAGGGAUUUCACAAACUUGGACACAUCCUGCGUAGAGGAGGACGCAUCGGGGGAUAACCACUGCUCCUGUAACGCCUUCAGGGGACCUCGAACAGUGUGGCCAAAGACAAGUCCAGCAGGACUAAACCUGGUCGAUUCUUGGACAGCAUCGCGGUGA